CGCUGGAUUUCCAGUGAAAAUCCGACUUGUCUAUCGCGGUUGUCAUCGGUAAGUGGUAUUUUACACUCCAUUGUUUUGCUUUUGUUUCCCGUUUUGCAUUUUCACUUAGCCCAGGCAUCGCUGUCGUAAAUUAAGCGCAUGUUGACCACCUGCGUCCAUGUCAUUCAUGUAGAAGUUGCAUUGAGUGAGAAGUUCAGUGUUAUCGCUAUGUUCGAUCAAAAGGGGCCUGAAAACAUUUCACAUGAGAGAUUACGAAAUUAUAUUAAGAAGAAAUUUUGUUUUUGCAUUACAAAUUCUAAAAGCGAAGUUCUGCCGGGGAUAUUUUCAAAAUACAUGAGCGACAUACUUGGUUGACAAAUGCACACAUUCUUCAUGUUAUUCCAUGCUAAUUGAAAUAAAAGGUUGAUGCAAAAGGUCCUACUUACGAAGUGCUUGUUCCCGAGCUUUGAUUUUCAUGAUGAGAAAAGGUAUAUGUGAGAGAGAGAGAGCAGUGCAGCACCCGCUCUUCCUGCCACCGGUGUCUUUUCCUUCGGAGUAAUAACAGGCUGGAGCCGCGGAUCUAGAUCGGUCUACUUCCCGUCGGCAAACGGGAGGUAGGUUUAGGCCGGCGCUUAAGGCG